AUGCACUUGAUUUGCGAUGCUGAGGCUCGUAUCACCCCGACACCCCGUCCCUAUGCUUUAUUCGAGCCGGCUCAGCCAACAGUAUGCGGCCAAGUACGAUUCCUCAACCAUGGGCUCCAGCGGUUCCUCUACUCAAGGGAGGUUAUCGCUACUCCACGCAGCUCCACCAUCCUGUUUGACCGCACUGAAUGCUACCAAAACGGCAUGGAAAUGCACCAUCGGCGGUCGGGCAGUUAUUUCGUCAGAGGCUCAAGUUUAGAGAGUUGCAACCCCGCCUCGAAGUGA